GGGCGGGAAGGGGCGGGGCGGAGACGCGCGCCCCGAGGAGGGCUAACCGAGACCCAGGCCGAGCGCGAGGGUCGCGCCUGGGAAGAACAGGACUUUGGGAGGAGCCGCUUUCUGCCCCUCUCCUCCUGCUUCGCCCCAAAGAAAAAUUCUAACUCCCUCCAGACCCAAAUGUCACUCUCCUUGACACUGUUCCUCUGAGAGAAAGGGCGACCACCAGGGGUGGUCUCAGCAACGGCCCCAUCCUCUCCGUUUCCUGGCCCAGGUCGGUAGUCAGGGUAACCCUUCCCCAGCCUGGAACCCUCCCUCUUUGUGGUUAUGGAGCCCCAAACCUCUCCUGUCCUUGCACCAGGGGGAGGUUGCUAAGGUAACUUAAGUCCCGGGUGGUCCUUGGGCCCCAACCUUCAUUUGGUUACUAUGGCAACUUCACCUAGCACUCAGGUAGAAAGGACCCCAGCCCCAAGGGCACUGCUGAGAGAACACCUCUUUCCCAACCCCUCCCCCUAGCCACCCAGCUGGCAUUACCAUGGUAACUGUUUCCCCCCCCCCCUUUCUCAUCGUGGGAGGUCCAUGGACCAAGCCAACCAGGUGUUUUUAUUUAGAGAAGAUGCUCUGCUGAGGAGCCGUUGCUAUGGUUACAGGGCCUGGACCAGGAGGUGGAAACAGGCAAGGCCAACCCCUGGUUGCUCUGGUAACCAGGGACCUACAAGGAUAGUCCCCCUUCCCGUGUCCCUAAGAACCAGGCCCACCAAGGUAGGGGACAGUUUUAAGAUUGUGUCUCAGGAUGGAGUGGGUCUAGGGAAGGGGUUGUUACGGUAAUGGCUUUGGUCACUUCUAGUCCCACCUUUCUGGGCACAUAUAUAAGAAGGGAUGGUUAUAGGCUGCUGGGAUAACUGACAUCCUUCCCACCCAUUCCUGAGAUACCCCAGGUGGGGCCCGAGCUCAUGGAACUUCAAAGAGAAAGGAUUCUCUGACCUUCUCAUUGCCACUUUUGCAGGCAAGGUGAAAUCGUACUCUGCUGUACAAAAUUGGCUGAUUUGGGGUUUUCUGGUUCUCGUUCCCUCAGCAGUGCAGCUGAGCUGGGCUGGAGCCGCCCACCCGGAGCUCCCGCAGCAACCUAGGAGGAUGCCCCGGAAGCCCAGCUAGGGCCUGACUUUGGCCCCAUGCGUCUCACCCGCUGCCAGGCUGCCCUGGCAGCCGCCAUCACCCUCAACCUCCUGGUCCUCUUCUAUGUCUCAUGGCUGCAGCACCAGCCCAGGAACCCCCGGGCCCGGAGUCCCCGCCGUGGAGCGGCUGCCGGCCCCCGUGUCACCGUCCUGGUGCGGGAGUUCGAGGCCUUUGACAACGCGGUGCCUGAGCUGGUGGACUCCUUCUUGCAACAAGACGCCGCCCAGCCGGUGGUGGUGGCCGCGGACACGCUCCCCUACCCGCCCCUGGCCCUGCCCCGCGUUCCCAACGUUCGCCUGGCGCUGCUCCAGCCCGCCCUGGACCGGCCUGCCGCGGCCUCGCGCCCCGAGACCUACGUGACCACCGAGUUCGUGGCCUUGGUGCCUGACGGGGCGAGGGCCGAGGCCCCGGGCCAACUGGAGCGCAUGGUGGAGGUGCUCCGGGCAGGAGGGGCACGCCUGGUGGCCGCCCCUGUCGCCUCGGCCAACCCCGCCCGAUGCCUGGCCCUGAACGUCAGCCUGCGGGAGUGGACGGCCCGCUACAGCCCCGCGCCCUCCGCGCCCCGCUGUGACGCCCUGGACGGAGACGCGGUGGUGCUCCUGCGCUCCCGCGACCUCUUCAACCUGUCGGCGCCCCUGGCCCGGCCGCUGGGCACCGGCCUCUUCCUGCAGACAGCCUUGCGGGGCUGGGCGGUGCAGCUGCUGGACCUGCCGUUCGGCGCGGCGCGCCAGCCACCCCUGGCCACGGCCCACGCGCGCUGGAAGGCAGAGCGCGAGGGGCGCGCGCGGCGGGCAGCACUGCUGCGCUCGCUGGGCAUCCGCCUGGUAAGCGGGGAGGGCGGGCGCCUCGAGUGGUUCGGUUGCAGCAAGGAGACCCCGCGCUGCUUCGGGACGGUGGUGGGCGACACACCCGCCUACCUCUACGAGGAGCGCUGGACGCCCCCGUGCUGCCUGCGCGCUCUGCGGGAGACCGCCCGCUAUGUGGUGGGCGUGCUGGAGGCGGCCGGUGUGCGCUACUGGCUGGAGGGCGGCUCGCUGCUCGGGGCCGCCCGCCACGGGGACAUCAUCCCGUGGGACUACGAUGUGGACCUGGGCAUCUACCUGGAGGACGUGGGCAACUGCGAGCAGCUGCGGGGGGCCGAGGCGGGCUCGGUGGUGGACGAGCGCGGCUUCGUGUGGGAGAAGGCUGUAGAGGGCGACUUCUUCCGCGUGCAGUACAGCGAGAGCAACCAUCUGCACGUGGACCUGUGGCCCUUCUACCCCCGCAAUGGAGUCAUGACCAAGGACACAUGGCUGGAUCACCGGCAAGAUGUCGAGUUCCCUGAACACUUCCUGCAGCCUCUCGUGCCCCUGUCCUUUGCUGGCUUCGUGGCGCAGGCACCUAACAACUACCGUCGCUUCCUGGAGCUCAAGUUCGGCCCCGGGGUCAUCGAGAACCCAGAGUACCCCAACCCGUCCCUCCUGAGUUUGGCAGGAAGUGGCUGAAGCUCCUGCGCCCGCCCGGGGGGUCUGGAGAACACUCAGGCCAGGGAGUGGGGGGUAUGGGGAGACCUGGCCUUGGCUAUGGUGCUGCUGGCAUUUGGUGGGCGGGCCGGGGUUGCGGAGCUGCCGGGCAAGGCCCAGCACCGUCCUGCACUUGGAAGACGUGCCCCGACCAAGAUUUCCGAGAGCUUGGGUUUACUUGGAGCACAGACAGUUUUGUAAAGAGGAAAAUGUGUACGUUCUGCGCCCGGACUGCCGCGAUUAGAACCCCAGCUCUGCCACUUCCUAAUUAGGCGGGCCGGGUGAGUGUCCAGUUUCUCCAGGAUUCAGUGAGUGUCCUCGCAGCGUCGUGCUCCCAAAGAGCCCGCAGGACGCUUGGCUGCUGGGGCUGCUUCCGCCACUAGAGGGCGCCUCUGUCCAAGUCUGGGGUCCAAGGCCCAGGUAAGCCCUGGACCUCCCCGUUCCCGGAGCUUCCCUAACUUGAACCUUUUGGUCUCUCCAAUCCCCUGUACCUGGCGGGACAGGAUGACUGUCUCCCUUCUUCCAGAAUGUGACCUCCUGGCCUCCUGCGAGCGCCCUGUGAAUUGCAUGCUGCUCUUAACCACAACUUGCAGAGGAGGAAACGGGCUCAGCCUUGACCUGCCGCAGUGAGUAACCGAGCUCUGGAUGCCAGACCCACUCCGUAUUAACUGCGUUACCUCGUCCUUUCAGCGCUCCGCACCUGGUAGACCACUUGCGCGGCAGGAUGAACAGCAAUCAGAGCUCGCGUUACUCAGCUCAUAUGGUGUGCCCGGCGUCCUUCUCAGUGCUGGACGCCGAGUGACUGCUCAAUCUCUCACCUCAACCCUCUGAGGCCAGAGCUGCUAUUAUUUCCAUUUUACAGGUGAGCACACUGAGGCCAGAAUGGCAGAGUCACUUGCCCAAGGUCAGACAGCUUAGAAAGCAACAGAGCAGGGACUUGAACCCCCGCGGCCAGGCUGGAGCACACACUGAAUUUGGCUGCUGUGCCCCCUUUCUAGUUACGCUACAUGAGAGGGGGGGGUCCCUGGGAGUCCACACCCUUAGCUGGUGAAGCCAUGGCGGCCUUCCUCCUGUGCUCGUGCACCCAAGAUUAAAUGCCAUUUGAGCAAGUAUCCCGAAUAUACUUAUUUAUAAAUUAUAUACAGGUAUUUCUAUUGUUCUGUGUAUUAGUAAUAAGGCUUAAAUUAUUCCAUUUUAAAAUAAACAGAGAAGGUUUUGUUUACAUGGCUCAUCUUAGUGACUUGUCCCAUUUGGAACCACGGGCUCUGAGGCAGGAGAGGCCUGGGGUCAAAACCCAGCUCUGCCUCUUUCUCCCACUGGGAGCUUAGGCCACCAUGACUCUGCCUCUCUGAACCUCUGCUUUGCGCCUGGGAAUUGCGGGUCGUGAACAUUCCCCCCACAGGGGUGCUGUGAGCCACUUGAGUGGUAAAGGCUCAGGAGUCAAGGCUGUGUUUGGCUCCUGGCCAACUUUAUUUGUGAUCUUAGGCAAGUCCCUGCCUCCCUGGACCUAUAGGUUGGUUGUGGGGAUGGUCGAGAUUGAAGAAGCCAGAAGCCAGGAGGAGGGGGAGGGAGAGGAAGAAGAUGAUCAAUGCAAAUCUAGUCCCAUCUCAAACGUGGCUCAGACAUGCAGAGUCCGACUUCUUAGAUCACAGCCUCUAUUUUUAGCCACUGAACCUACAAAGGGCUCCCAGAGACUGUUGGGUUUCCACAGAGCAUUCUGGAAACAUAAGGGGAUGAUUUUGACUCUCGGGAAGCGUAGCCCAGGGAUGGAGAGGUCAUAAUAGGCAGGACCUCUCCACAGGGUAAAGCACUGGCCCUUAUAUACAGUUUUGAAAGCCCCGUUGGACAUUCCUGAAGGGAGUGCGAUGUUCAAAAUCUUAGCAACUGGUACGGUGAUACAAAUUAAUAUAUAUAUCAGUAUAUGCAUCACAAUGUGUAAAUAUUUCUUUUUUCUUCUCUGAAGGAUGGAAAUGAUCUGUAUAUACAUAUUUCUUUCAAUUGUUUGCCAGGAACAUGAGCUGAAACUCAGAUUAUUGUUAAAUCAUGCAAUUAUUUUGUUUUAUUUAGAAACUUACUUAGAAAUUGUUGGUGCAGUUUCUUGAUUGAUAUGCUAUAUAUAUAUAUAUAUAUAUAUAUAUUCAUUUAUUUAAUUAUUUAUUAUAUAAAAAUAUAUAUAAAAUAACCCUGGCUUAGCUGUGAUUUGAUAAGAGAACCACAUCAAGUGCUUCUGGCAACUUCCCAUUAAACUGAGUGCCAUUAGGUGACUUGGGGUCUCAACAGAUCAAGAAUUUCUCUUGGGGCACCUGGGUGGCUCAGUGGGUUAAAGCCUCUGCCUUCGGCUCAAGUCGUGAUCCCAGGGUCCUGGGAUUGAGCCCUGCAUUGGGCUCUCUGCUCGGCGGGGAGCCUGCUUCCCUUCCUCUCUCUCUGCCUGCCUCUCUCACUACUUGUGAUCUCUGUCUGUCAAAUAAAUAAAUAAAAUCUUUAAAAAUUAAAAAAAAAAACAGUUCUUUAAAAAAAAAAUUUCUCUUAGCACCAUCUGUAGUGUUUUGGUGUUUUCUCCUCUAUUCCUUGUUCCUGAAUGAACAACAAUUUACAUUAAAAACUUUUGUAACCUUGGGGCACUUGGGUGGCUCAGUUGGUUAAGCAUCUGCCUUCGGCUCAGGUCACGAUCCUGGAGUCCGGGGAUUGAGGCUGGCAUCGGGCUCCCUGCUUGGUGGAGAGUCUGCUAAGUCUACCUUAGCCCCUCUCAUGCACUCUCGCUCUCUUGCAAAUAAAUAAAUAAAAUCUUCCCAAAAAACCCUAGUUUUGUAGCCUUUAUAAUACUGCCUGACAGCUUUGUGUAUUCAGUAUUUUUAUUCUCAACUAGGUAAAUAAUAUGAGGGGAAACCUAUUGCAGCAAUUAACUUGAAUUAACGAGUUUAUAUUAGGAUACAUAUCACUGAAUUUCAGUGCUCUCUCAUUGACU